UAAUUUUGUAUGUUUAUGAAACAGAUCACAUGGAUGCCGUUUAGACCUGAUAUGUUAGCAGAGUUGCCCCCAGCUGGACGAGAGCAUACUCACAUCUGGCGAGCACGUGUCCCGUUGAUAUGUUUUGACAUUGUUGAGCUGCAUUUGCCUGAUAGAGUCAUGCGACAGUUUGGGUUUGAGCAGGUCGUUCCACGUCCUAUCGACACUUAUGUAGAGCUGCAUAAGCUGGAUAGGCGUGGGAAGCAUACAGAGGAUUGGGCACUCAGACAUGUCCGAUACGUGACUAUGUGGGAAAGGAGAGCUGAGCUAGCUGUGGUUGGGACACCCACAUAUGUGCCAUCUGUUUCAGGAGACUACAUGGGAUGGUACUACAGCAUCACUCGGUUAUUUGUGUCUCCUUCGUUCAGACUCCCUACUCAUCAUUAUCAGCCUAGCUCCUUGGCUUUGCAUCUUACGACACGAGCUUUGCAGCGCAUACAUCAGCGGGCUACUGCCACUGUGACUGAUAUUCCUGAUGUGGACAUGUAUGGACAGGCUCUGACAGGCAUUACCUCGUUGUGCUCAGAUGUGUUGGGCCGAGUAGACUACGGACAUCUUAUACACAUGCCCCCAUCUCAGGAGAUGGCAUCCACGUCUAGUGCAGCCGCGGCUUCAUCAUCCCAGACGCAACAUGAGAGAGUGGUUCUUCAACCACGACAACGCCGUAGGCGUAGACAUGAGCAGCAACAUCUCCAUGACGAAGCUGAUGAUGAGAACUUGUAGUUUGUCUUUUGUAUUGUAGUUUUUCUUAUGCAGUAGAUGUUGUACGAACAAUGUACAAGUUUUGAUGUAUUUUGUCUUGUUAAGUAUUGUAUGGUGUAUUGAUGUGUUCGAGUAUGAAUAUUAGAUGAUUACUUGUUAUGGCAUAUAUGAUGAUUGUAUUGUGUUAUUCCGGUUAUGAUUUGAAGGUUUUUUACGGGUGUU